UAUUUUAGAUUUGUAUACUUGAAUUUCUUUGUUUUGAAUAUAUGCAGUACAAAAUAUAUCGAUUCAUCGAUAAGAAGUCAACAACCCCAAUCGCUGCCUGAAGGGAUGAAAAUUUGACAGUCGGCAUGUCAAUUGGAUUAUUGAAAUAACAAACAGAAUCAUAUUGCUUGUCAGGGAUUUUGCAAUAUGGACACAAUAUCGUCAUUUAUUCUGCGUUUUUUGCUCCUACUUUUAUUGAAAUGGAAGGAUGUGGGGAGCCAUAAUGUGGACUCACGAAUUUACGGGUUUCAGCAGUCAUCAGGGAUUUGUCAUAUUUACAAUGGCACUAUUUGUCGAGAUGUUUUGAGCAAUGCCCAUGUUUUUGUAUCCCCCAAUCUUACCAUGAACGACUUGGAGGAGCGAUUAAAAGCCGCAUAUGGCGUAAUAAAGGAAUCCAAAGAUAUGAAUGCGAAUUGUCGCAUGUAUGCUUUGCCCAGUUUAUGUUUCAGUUCUAUGCCGAUUUGCAGAACUCCUGAACGCACGAAUUUAUUGUACUUUGCCAACGUGGCUACAAACACGAAACAGUACAAAAAUUCAAAUGUCACAAUUCGCCGAAAGAGAACCAAAACCAAAGACAUUAAAAACAUCAACAUUUUUAAGAAGAAAUCCACCAUCUAUGAAGAUGUGUUCAGCACUGAUAUUUCGAGUAAAUACCCACCUACCAGAGAGUCUGAAAACCUAAAACGCAUUUGCCGGGAGGAGUGCGAACUCCUAGAAAACGAGCUUUGUCAGAAGGAGUACGCAAUCGCCAAACGGCAUCCAGUCAUCGGCAUGGUUGGAGUCGAGGACUGCCAAAAGUUGCCCCAACACAAGGACUGCCUGUCCUUGGGCAUAACCAUUGAGGUGGAUAAAACGGAGAAUUGUUACUGGGAGGACGGAUCGAGCUAUAGAGGAGUUUCGAACGUGUCCGCCUCCGGAAAGCCGUGCUUAAGAUGGUCUUGGUUAAUGAAAGAAAUCUCCGAUUUUCCGGAGCUCAUCGGUCAGAACUAUUGCAGAAAUCCAGGCAGUGUGGAAAAUAGCCCUUGGUGUUUUGUCGAUUCUUCCCGUGAGCGCAUAAUAGAAAUUUGUGAUAUUCCAAAAUGUGCAGAUAAAAUUUGGAUUGCCAUUGUCGGAACUACCGCAGCCACCAUCUUAAUUUUUAUAGUCAUUUUUGCAGUAAUACUUUUCAAGAGGAGAACUAUCAUGCACUAUGGCAUGAGGAAUAUUCACAAUAUCAAUACACCCAGCGCCGAUAAAAAUAUUUACGGGAAUUCACAGCUUAAUAAUGCUCAAGAUGUUGGCAGAGGCAACAUUGGCAAUUUAACCGAUCAUGUUGCUCUGAACUCUAAGCUUAUAGAAAGGAACACCCUCCUAAGAAUAUCUCAUUUUACCCUGCAAGAUGUUGAGUUCUUGGAAGAACUGGGCGAAGGAGCUUUUGGUAAAGUGUACAAGGGACAGCUUUUGCAGCCAAACAAAACCACAAUUACAGUUGCCAUCAAGGCUUUGAAGGAAAAUGCCUCAGUAAAAACCCAGCAGGAUUUUAAGCGAGAAAUCGAGCUAAUAUCGGACUUAAAGCAUCAGAAUAUAGUGUGCAUUUUGGGAGUGGUCCUGAACAAAGAACCCUACUGUAUGCUGUUUGAGUAUAUGGCCAAUGGAGACCUGCACGAGUUUCUCAUCUCAAACUCACCCACCGAAGGCAAAUCGCUAUCGCAACUGGAAUUUCUGCAAAUAGCUCUGCAAAUCAGCGAGGGAAUGCAGUACCUAUCCGCCCAUCAUUAUGUUCAUCGCGACUUGGCAGCUCGAAACUGUCUUGUAAACGAGGGUUUGGUAGUCAAAAUAUCAGACUUUGGACUAUCCAGAGAUAUUUACAGCUCAGAUUAUUAUCGCGUUCAGUCAAAGUCGCUGUUACCUGUACGGUGGAUGCCCUCAGAGUCGAUAUUGUAUGGAAAGUUCACCACGGAGAGCGAUGUAUGGUCAUUUGGAGUGGUUCUUUGGGAAAUCUACAGCUACGGAAUGCAGCCAUAUUACGGUUAUAGUAACCAGGAAGUGAUUAACCUUAUUCGUUCACGGCAACUUCUAUCCGCUCCGGAAAACUGCCCCACCGCAGUUUAUUCCCUUAUGAUCGAGUGCUGGCAUGAGCAAUCAGUUAAACGUCCCACAUUCACAGAUAUUUCGAACCGUCUAAAAACUUGGCACGAGGGCCACUUUAAAGCCAGUAAUCCAGAAAUGUGCGCUUAGGCUUUUACACACACAUAUGUAUUUUCAACGAAUGGACUGUAACAUAAGUAGACUUAAGAAUUUAAUAAAAUAAAAAUUCUUAAAAAUCUA